CGAUGAAUGCCUUGAAUCCCAUAUUUUUCUAGGUGAGGAACCUGAGAUGAGAUAGAGCUCUCUCCCACUUUUACCGUCCUUUUAACGCCCAAGUCCCGGUCUGUAAUGGGGAUAGAUCUGCGUCCUGUAAAAUAUGUCAGUACCGAUCUUGUGCGGAUUCUCUCACAGUCUGUGCAUCUGUCCACCUAUGGGAGUGCUCUGCGAGAGUGCGAAGUGAAUAUACUUGGCUGGCAUCUCACAGUGAAUGAUCAAACCAGUGUUUGGGAUGUACUGCAAUUGGCAGGCCAAUCAUCUGCGACUAUCACAUCGCCGAAACCGGAGUGCUGGGUGACAUCCUUGCUAUAGCGGAAUUCAGUAGAGUGGCCCGAGCCGCCACCUGUGUAACGGGACGGGGUUCAUGGCCGGGCCAUGACUAAUGCCCAACCAUUUGAAGCGCCGGCGUGUCAGCCCCGACGUCGUUUGCUGUGCCCUUGUCUAGGCACGGCGGCUCAAGAGUCAUCCAGAUGGCUACGAUUUGUUCGCCGAGGGGGGCCGCAGCGGUUCUCCCACCGCAAUAUGCGCGAGAGGAACGUCUGGAAGGGCGUCGAGUAUGAGAACGACGUGGCUUGACAAUCCGGCAAACAGCGUGGUGGAUGGGUUGGAUUGAUACGGCCCCGUUGUUCAGGGUAGCAGAAGCAGGGAUAACAGUUCUUGCGCGGCACUCGCGCAGGAUGGCGCGUCCUUGGGAGGAUCGCCUGCGCUUCGGGUCCGGUUUUUGCAGCAGCCGUUCGAUGUUGGAAGUUGGGCGUUCCAAACAACGGGUCCGCUCUGUCAAAGUAACUCCUCCGUCCCCGUGGCUCAAGGAGCUACGCGCGGUUCGUGAUCGGUGAUCCGAACCCGGCGAUGCGGACCGGAAUUCGCUAUCUCUUGUCUCCCGCUCUCGUAUCAGGAUCAUGUCUACUGCUACCGCCCCUCAGCAUGUUUUCGUCGUCGGGGCAGGUGUCAUUGGGCUCUCGACCGCGAUCCGUGCGAUCGAAGCUGGUUUCGCGGUGUCUCUUGUCGCCGAGACAUUCCCAGUCGACCCCAAGAGCAUCAAAUACACGUCCUGCUGGGCCGGCGCAAAUCAUAUCAGUCUAGUAGAUAUGGGGGAGCGGCUGCAUGGUUUCGAGCGGGUCACUUUUGACACAUUCGUGCAGCUGGUGGAACGUGAACCGGAUGUUCCGGUUAUGGUUGGGCCGAAUCGGGUGCACGUACAAGUGUUCAGCGCGGACGCCAAGGCCACUUCAGACCACUUUACGAGAUUCUAUUCUGACUAUCGUCUGCUGGGUGAGAAUGAGCUGCCACCUGGGAUGAAACACGGCGGAGAAUUCACGACGGCGAGUGUUCCCCGUUUGCUUUCGAUUCAUCCUGUCCUACGCGGCGGCCAUGCCUACCGUGCAACGCUCCCAUCCCUAACGAGUCUCUUCACACCGUCGGCCAGACCCCCGUUCGAACCCAUCGGGUCUGAGGUCUCCCCGCCAACGGCGCCCUUCGAUGCUGUAGCAGUGUUCAAUUGCACGGGGCUCGGUGCGCUGACGCUCGGAGAUGUGAUGGACAGCGCGAUGUAUCCGACACGCGGCGAGACGAUCCUCCUGCGCGCGCCGUGGAUCAAAGCCGGUUUCUCACUCACCUACGAGGACGGGCACAUCACGUACGUUAUCCCGAGGAAGAGCGGAGAUGUCAUCUUGGGAGGAACAUUCCAGCCAAACGAUUGGCAUCCCACAUCUCGCCCGGAAACCGUGAAGCUGAUCAAGGAACGCGGGAUUUACGCACAUCCAGAGCUGCUUCCAGAGGAGAAGAGAGCGAAUGGAUCGAUUGAUGACCUGGAUGUGAUCGAAGAAUGCGUCGGCCUGCGCACGUCUCGCGUAGGCGGCGUUAGAGUGGAAAUGACAUCGCUAGUUACAGCCGGCGACUUGACUCCUGUGGUACAUAAUUACGGACAUGGUGGAUGUGGCUAUCAGUCCUCUUGGGGAUCCGCUGAAGCUGCCGUUGCCAUUCUCCUCGGUGCUCUCCAAAAGGAUAACCAACGCCAAUAGAAAAUGUUUCAGGCAGCGAAAUCAAUCUUUGUCUAUGACUCAGAGAAAGGCUUUCCACGUCUCUCGCCAGACUGCGUUCCCAUCUUCCUCGAUGAGAUCCC